GUUUGUUUUUUUAUUUAAGCGUUACAUAGAGCAGGUGGUGUGUAUAAAUACAAUGUUACUCUGAUUCUGAUCUGACACCUCUCUUUCUUCUUCCUUCAACCUAUCUACGAGUAGCAAAUGCUAUUUUCUAAUAUUUAAAAACAUAAUUUAUAGUGAAAUUAAAUAUAGUUGGUUGGGCACCGAAAUUUGAAAAAAAAAUGGAGAUGGUGAAAGGAAUGCCGGUGCUUGGCCUCGUUCUUUUGCUAAUUAUCGGGCUUGACGGUGUUUGUUGCGGCUACACUCGCCCACCGCCGCGGAAAACCAUCUACGUGGCUGAUACUGAUGACUCAGAUUCGCCACAACAGGUACACAUAUCCCAAGUGGGCCAAGAUAAGAUGAGGAUAUCAUGGAUCACAAACAGCCCAACCACUCCAAAAAUUGAGUACGGCCCAACUACUUCAGCAAACACCUUCUCUGCCACUGGGACCACCUCUUCCUACCACUAUACUCUCUACCAGUCAGGUGAAAUCCACGAGGUCGUAAUUGGGCCCCUCAAGCCCAACACGGUCUACUACUAUCGUUUGGGUGACCCACCUUCAGCCCAAUCAUACAAUUUCAAAACUACACCCUCCCAAUUUCCCAUCAAGUUUGCAGUAGUUGGGGAUCUCGGACAGACAGAGUGGACUCAGUUGACACUAGAUCAUAUAGGCAAAUCGAAUUAUGACAUGUUGUUGCUACCGGGUGACUUGUCCUACGCGGACUUUAUCCAAACUCGAUGGGACUCAUUUGGUCGUUUAGUUGAGCCAUUAGCGAGCCAGCGUCCGUGGAUGGUGACCCAAGGCAACCACGAGGUUGAGAAGAUACCGAUCAUCCACCGGACGCCAUUCACAGCUUACAAUGCUCGGUGGCGAAUGCCGUUCGAAGAGAGUGGAUCAGACUCAAACCUCUACUACUCCUUUGAUGUGGCUGGUGUUCAUGUUAUCAUGUUGGGUUCCUACACUGAUUUUGACCCUGGUUCUUCGCAAUACGAGUGGCUUCAAGGGGAUUUGGGGAAGAUAAACAGAGGGAAAACUCCUUGGGUGAUGGUGCUCCUUCAUGCUCCGUGGUACAAUUCAAACACUGCUCAUCAGGGUGAGAGUGAAUCUGAGGACAUGAAGGAAGCCAUGGAAGAUUUGCUCUAUCAUGCCCGUGUUGAUGUUGUUUUUACAGGACAUGUUCAUGCCUAUGAACGCUUUACACGAGUUUAUAAAGACAAGGCUGACAAUUGUGGUCCAGUACAUAUCACCAUUGGGGAUGGGGGUAACCGUGAAGGCCUCGCCACUAAGUACAUAGACCCGAAGCCAGAGAUAUCAAUAUUCAGGGAAGCUAGCUUUGGACAUGGGAUGUUGGAGGUGGUUAAUGCAUCAUCUGCUCUUUGGAGUUGGCAUAAGAAUGAUAAUGAUGAACCGGUUCUUAGUGACUCUCUCUGGCUUACAAGCCUCUCCUCUAAUCCUGCUUGUAAAGUGUAAAGCUUAGGAAGUAAAGAAAACAAAUUUCUUAGCUUGGUACUAGCUUUGAAUAGUUUGAAUAUGCAAUGGCAAGAUGUUAGUUAAAGGUGUUACCGUAAAAAAAAUAGAGGCUACAGAGUAAUGAUAUUAUGUACGAAUGAAAUUUCAAUGAAACCCACGAUUGACCAUUUAUUCCUAAUAUAUGUUAGUAUUUGAA